AUGUCCCAAACUUUAUGGACCCGUAAGACUCGCGAGCCUAAUGUCAAUGUAGAAGAAAAUUCGACCACAAUUCCUUCCACAACUUCAAGUUCUAGCAGCUUCGCUGGAGCAGAUUCGCCGUACCAUCGCGUCGCUGUACCUCCCAAUGAAAAGGGGAAACGCUACACGAUGAACGAAGUUUUCCAAGUUUGGUAUGAUAACAAGGAUAGCAUCCUUAACAAGCAUACGACCCAGAAACCUAGUGAAAAUUACAAGCUUGCUCAACCAAGUCCAAUUUACCAUUUAGAGCUUCAAUCUCAAUCGCUGUUCCAAAAGAAAAUUGGUGGAGACGUUAACGGUGAGGAAUUUGAACAACGCGAUGUGAACCAAGCGGGGGAGGUUCCUUCUACAUACGAUAAUAGCGGUAUUGCCGUUGGUUCAUUAGAAAGACUUUCUAUCAAUGAGCAAUCUGUUCCAAUUCAUCCGAACCAGCAAUCUCAGGGCCCUCCACCUGGGAUGAUUUCUGCUACUCAAUCUCAAGCAGAUCCAAAAAAACAUGUGUCCUUUGUCACUCCGGAUAAGAUCGAAUGGAUCUACGUAGAUCCAAGUGGAAAGGAACAAGGUCCUUUUAAUGGAGAGAUGAUGCAGGAAUGGUUAACUGAUGGGUAUCUUCACCUUGACUUGCGCAUUAGAAGAAAGGAGGAAUAUACAUUCCAAACUUUGAAGGACUUGUGCGAGACUGUUCAGAAUUACACCCAUCCCUUCAAGGUUCCACUUCUUGACUUAUCAACCCCACCGCCACCAGUCCCCCCUCAGCAGCAACAGCAACAGCAGCAGCAACAGCAACCUGCGAAUGACAAUGUUCCAUUGCAAUCUCAAAUCCAUCAAUUUUUGUCAGGAGGAAACGAUUCAUCUUUGAAUUUAGGUGCUGCUAGUAUGAGAUUGAACUCCAACAUCAACCAACAGAACUUAUUUGGGAAUGAUUUUAUGACCCAUGGUGAUCCAUUUGUAUCACAGAACUCCACUGGCGGAUUCCAAAAUGGACCCACCACCUCGAAUUCAUUUGGGAUUGAUACUUUGAAUUUCAAUCACCAAUCUCUCCCAAUGAAUACUCAUAUGCCGUCGAUUCUUCAGCAGCAAAUUCAACAGCAACAACAGCCUGUUUUAUCUCGUUCCAACAGUGGAUGGGGACUCGACAAUGGUGGAUUAAUGGGAAGUAGCCCAGCCACCCCAGUUGGUCCUGUUCCUUCUGUUCUUCAAAAUUCCAUCAAUCAGCCAUCCCCUGUAUCUCCUUGGUUAUCUGGUGUACCACACUCUCGUGUUAGUUCACCUUUUAUUCCUGCCACGUCUUUGGCAGACACUACUAGUGGUAAGAAGGAUGAUAAUUCAAUCUUAAAUAUCACAAGAGAAGACGCAGUUGCGUUAGAUAAUAGUAAUGGUCCAAAUAAACUGAUAAAAGAGGAUUUGACCGAUGAGAUUCAAAACAAAGAGACAAACAAAUUGAAAGAAGACAUCGUAAAAAAAGAAGAGGAACAUAAUGUUGAGCAAAAUACAGCAGAACAAGCAGCUGAAUUAGCAAGUGCUACUGAAACAACAUCUAUUUCUACAUCUAAUUCGACAGCCUCUAAUGUCAUUGCCGCUGCCGCUGCUACUGCUGCCUUAUUAUCUUCAGAAGUUCCUGCAUCCCCAGCUACUACGAAGUCUACUUUAGCUCCAUGGGCUACGAAAGAAGCUGAAGCUAAUGUCAAACCAAAACUUACAUUGAAGGAAAUUCAACAAAUUGAGGCAGAAGAAUUAAAGAAACAAAAGAAACUUCAGCAUGAAUUGAAUGAGCAAGCUUCCAGAGCUGCUUCACAAGCUUGGCAAGAAGAGCAAGCUGCUGCGUCAACUGCCCCUGCUCUUCCAAAAGGCUCAGGUUGGGGAAGCUCCACUUCAGUCUCUGCAAUUCCUGCCGCUACCAAGAAGACUUUGGCUGACAUUCAAAGGGAAGAGGCUGAAGCCGCGGCCUUGAGAGCCUCCGCUUCCAAGACCGUAUCUUCUCCAAUGAUCAGCUCCAAGCCACUUUCAUUUGCUAGUGCUGUAGCAAAUAGUACUCCUAAGGAUGAUGCUAGUUGGACUGUGGUCCCCAAGAAGGCCACGGUUGUUAAAAAAUCGGCCAAGCCAAUGAGCCCUAUUGUGAACAAUGCAACCUCUAAGGUUGACCCUCAAAUGUUACGUUCAGUAUCGGCAAGUAGACCAAUUACUUCAAUCAACUCUACUGUUCUUCGUGAAGAAUUUGUAGUUUGGGCUAGAUCAUCUAUGACUAACUUAUACCCUUCUGUCUCGAAGGAUGAUUUGUUAGACAUUUUCUUGACUUUACCAAGUAAUAGUUCUGAGUCAUCACUGUUGAUCUCAGAAACAAUUUAUAGCUCCUCUCCUACAAUGGAUGGCCGCCGUUUUGCUAAGGAAUUUCUCGACAAAAGAGCUAAAGUGGAGCAACAAGUUGGAAACUCUAGCAGCAGUUGGUCUUCAGCAAUUAUCUCAAGUGCUGAUAAAGUUCAAACUGUUGACGAAGAAGGAUGGAGCACUGGUAAGAAGAAGAAGGGUAGACGUUAG